UGUACUUGUUUCCUCCGAACAACUUCCACUGAUGGACCCAUGACUGCGUGCGCCUGUGAAUUGUCGCCGUACAAACAAAAAAUGUUUUUUUAAAUCAUGACUGUGUGUUGAAUACUUCUAAUUCUCCUUACACACCGCAAAUUGAACCUAUCCUGUCUUGAAGUUGGGGUCCAAAGUCCAAGAAAGACGAAAAUAUUAUGGCAUCACUGGGGAGCAGCAGUUCUUCAUCCACGGAAUACACUGUUCGAGUCCCGAAAAAUACCAGCAAGAAGUACAACAUAAUGGCUUUCAAUGCAGGAGAUAAAGUCAACUGUUCAACAUGGACACAUGCUCGCAUGGAGAGGGACAUGAGUGCUCGGAAGAUUUACGGCGAAGAGGAGACACCGGAGGGCGCAGCUGGCAGUGAGUUUGGCAAAAAGCAGCGUGAGGAGGCGCGUCGGAAGAAGUUCGGCAUUGUGACGCGCGAGUUUAAAGUAGAGGACCAGCCGUGGAUCCUGAAAGUCAACGGCAAGGCCGGCAAGAGGUUUAAAGGUCUGAAGAAGGGGGGCGUCACAGAAAAUGCGUCCUACUACAUCUUUACGCAGUGUGCUGAUGGGGCCUUCGAAGCUUUCCCCGUUCACGGCUGGUACAACUUUACUCCACAGGCUAAGCACAGAACUCUCACUGCCGAGGAGGCCGAAGAGGAGUGGGGCAGGCGGAACAAGGUGGUGAAUCACUUCAGCAUCAUGCUUCAGAGACGUCUGCGCGAGCAGGAGCGUGGCGACGAAGACGAGGAGGAGAGCGAGAAACCGGGCAAGAAGAAAAAGAAAAGCGGCGGGCGCGGGGGCGACCUGCGCAUCCACGACCUGGAAGACGACCUGGACAUGAGCAGCGACGACAGUGACAACAGUAUGGCCGAAGAUGGAGAAAGCAAAGCAAAAGUAAAGGCUGACACGGGGAAAGGCAAAGCAAAGAAGAAGAGGAAGGGCAGUGACAAGGAGGCUUUGGAAGAUAGCGAUGAUGGUGACUAUGAAGGGCUUGAGGUGGAUUACAUGUCAGAUGAAAGCAGUUCUGAGGAUGAGCCGGAAAACCCAAAAGGAAAACCCAACAAAGAAGAAGAUCUUCCUAAAGGCAUCGACGAGGCUUCUGAAAGUGAGGAAGAGAGCGAGGAGGAGAAACAGAACGAGGAAGAAGUAAAGGAGGAGGAAGAGGAGGAGGAAGGGAAGAAAACACCGGCACAGAUGGAGAAGAAGAAGAAAAAAGACAGCAGCGGAGAGUCAGACAGCUCGGACGACAGUGACAUCGAGGGCGACACGGCCUCUGCUUUGUUCAUGGUGAAGAAGCGCACGCCACCGAAACGUGGAGGCGGGCGGGGCUCUGCGGGAAGCUCCCGGACAGGCAGCCGCCCGGGGACGCCGUCCAUAGACACUGCCGCCACCUCCAACACACUCCGCGCUGCUGCUAACAAGCUUGAGCAAGGUAAACGACAGUCUCAAGGUCCAGGUACUGACUCGCCAGCUGCCAAAAGGCUCAAGAUGGAACCCAGCAGUCAGAGUCCUGCUCCCUCCGGGAAAAGUACACCUCAGCCCCCGUCAGGCAAAUCUACUCCCAGCUCCAGUGAUGUGCAGCUAACAGAAGAAGCGGUCCGCCGCUACCUCAUCCGGAAACCCAUGACGACCAAAGACCUGCUGAAGAAGUUCCAGACCAAGCGCACAGGCCUGAGCAGCGAGAAGACGGUCAACGUGCUGGCGCAGAUUCUGAAACGCCUCAAUCCGGAGCGUAAAAACGUGAACGACAAAAUGCACUUUUAUCUCACGGAGUAAAAGGAGAACAUCAGGAGAUGGAGGGCUUAGUGAAGGUGUUUAGUUUCUUAUUGUGACAUGAUACCGACUCAGGAGACCAUCUCCACAUGAGGUGUCAAGUGUAUCAUUAAGCAACUUUUUUUCUUUCUUUUGGUGACAAAUACGGUCACCAUGUCAGAACUAAUUUGUUCUGUUUAGAUUAUUUUCUAAUAAAGUAUGGCAUUGCUUGUAUAUAAGGCAUUUCUAUUAGUUGGUUGGCUUUAGGAUUAGUUUAGUGGGUGCUUGUAGGUGUACUGACCAUGCAUAGGAUGUGUCAAAAUUAAACAACACUUACUGACUC